AUGGUUUAUGUUUUCCCAAUCGAGCGUGGUAGCCAGAAGGCUAUUAUCGCAGGCGCAGUCGUUUUCUCGAUACUACCGGUAGCUGCGGUUAUUCUGCGAAUAAUAGCGCGGUCGAAACACAAGGACAACAAGCUUGAUCUCAGCGACUGGCUCAUCAUCUUGUCAUGUAUCGUCGCGGUCGGAUACCAAGGGCUGGCAGUCGCCUGCGUUGCCGUUGGGGGGAUGGGAUUCCACACGACUGAGAUCAUGGCGAUGGCAGGAACGGACUCUUUGACAACCCUCUUGGAGCUUGUGACCGCCGUCGUCAUCUUCUGGUCGCUCAGUCUCGGCUUGACGAAGCUCUCCAUUCUCGCCUUGUACUCCAAGAUCUUCUCCGUUCGGAGCUUCAUCCUGCUCUCUCAAGCAUGUGCCGUCUUCGUCGUAGUCUGGGCCAUGAUCCUCUUUAUCGGGGCCUUCGUCAUUUGCACGCCAGUUCAGUAUAACUGGGACAAAUUCUCGGUAGUGGGAACCUGUGGCGACGUCAGGAUGUUAUGGGCCGUCACUGGAGGGCUCAAUAUCUUCUCGGACCUGGUUAUUAUGCUCCUCCCUAUGCCAUAUCUUUACGGUCUAUCACUUCAGACGUACAAAAAAGUCGGAUUAAUGGCGACAUUUGGUAUCGGGCUUGCAGUUUGCAUUGUAAGCGCCGUCCGACUUGCCGAGAUUAUCAAGAUCGACAUGAACGACUUUGCAUUUUCCGGCGGAAUCGCCCUCAUGUUCAGUGCACUAGAGCCCUGUCUACUGGUAACUGCGGCAUGUAUCCCGCUUCUCCGCCCAUUGGUGUCUCGCAAAAGUUCCCGAGGCCUGUCCAGCAGUUACGCCAGCGGUUACGCCGGAGGCAAAAGCAAAAACAACACCGGAAACAACUCUCGGAAGGGUGGAUUCUCGGAACUCCAAGACGAUGACGGCUCGACAAGGCAACUACACAUAGGACAGUCUAAGUAUGGUGGUGAUGCAACUGCUGCGACAGAUGUUAAUUCCGUCGAUUCAUCCGACAGGGUGGGUAACCAUCAUGCCGACUUGGAAUUGAAACAUAUCACGAUCAAGAGGGACUGGAGAGUCGAAGAAUCCCCCGUCUGA